ACUUUCAACUUACUAAUAACUCUUAACUUACUUACUCCCAAUGUCACUAACUCACUUACACACCUACUUCAACAUUUUCACCCUUCCCGCAAAUUAUCUUAGAUACAUCGACCCUCAUCUGAAUAAUUCUUCAACUCACACCGAAUCUCAAAGGGAACAGAAGGGAAAGUGAAACGAAAGAAAAAAAGAGAAAAGGAAAACGAAACCAACCUAGCCUUACACUACGACUCACGAUAACCAAGAUGGAAAAAGACAAUGCUAAUCCCACUAUUCUCAACACUUCUCAGCUUCCAACAAGACAGCGCAAGAAGGGACGCAGGGUUCAAAGGAACGCUGAAUCCAAAAUUAGCAGUAUCAUUCCCAGACCACAAUAUCUUUCAGAUGUCUUCAAUGAUGUCUCUGGCUCCGACGAGACCGAAAGCGACGGCGAAUUUACGGCAGAACCCAUUGAUGAACAAGAAGUAUAUGAUCUUAUCUCGACCAUCUCUGAUCCGGAGCAUCCACUAUCGCUUGGUCAACUAGCCGUCGUCAAUCUUCCUGAUAUUGAUAUUACUCCAUCCCCUUCGGUGGUUGCCGAUCCCAACACCUUAACAAGAGUCUUAGUUAAAAUUACACCUACCAUCACCCAUUGUUCACUAGCCACUGUCAUCGGUCUUGGAAUACGAGUACGUCUAGAGCAAGCUCUUCCACCAAACUACCGAGUAGACGUCGUAAUCAAGGAGGGAACCCAUAGCCAAGAUGACCAAGUCAACAAACAGCUGGCCGAUAAGGAAAGGGUUGCCGCGGCUCUAGAAAAUGACACAUUGAGAGGUGUUUUGGACAAGAUGUUGGAGACCUGCGUAUGAGAUCUAUCAAUGCCAAUAUAAAUCCGAAUAGCCAAUGAAAUAAGAACGAGUCUGGGUGGGUUAAGUGGUUCUAAUCUGCAUUACAUUCAUCACAAAACCAACAACUCAUAUAUGCUCUACCCAAUGUUCUCUUUACUUCAGUUAAGAUUUGGAAAACUCAUGCCAGCUUCGAGGAGGACAGACACUGCAUGGAACCUAACCUUUCAGUUGAUUAGAGCAUCAAGAAAUAGCAUUUCCCCAUCGUUGAUAGGCCCAUAAACAGCAGCCCACGGCAGAUGAUCUACACCAGGCUAAAACCGGUUUGGGUCGUUCAAAGACUAUUGGUCAAACGCGGGAUACAACGAAGCAAAGAAUAUGUAGAGGAAUCUCAUGGCAUGCACGGCUUAUAAGGGCAGUGUAUUCUUCUUCACAUCUGAGGCUUUUGCUCUUAGUUGGCCAUGGUUAAACCCCAUAUUAAACAUCAUGUCAAGUUAACAUGUAGACUUUCCCUUUGCUGAGCUCUCGUCGGCGGACUUUAAAGCUAUGCUUGUCCUCUAUUAGGGAGGCGAGCCUUACUUAGUACGUACGUAUGUUAGAUCAGCUACCUAGACCUAGGCUCUAGGUAGAUGCAUACAUAAUAUGCCUACAUUGGUCUCGACGACGAAGGCUUAAAGUAUUUAUUCCCCCCAUUGCCCCAACCAAAUACGACAUAACCCAUGUCUCUAAGAGCUCAUUAUUAGUCGAUCUUCAUAGGCAUAUAGGUAAUCUGGA